UAGUAUCGACCAAACUUGAGCUUCGCAAGGCUUUCUAACCGGGUCAUACCUUGUAUACGUGAGUUGAGACGCGUUGUUAACUUAACCAAAUGUAUCGCUACCGCUAUAGAUAUCGCUAUCCCAGAUACUGGCGUGAGUAACUAACUUAAUAACAUAGAAGAUCACCCAAAAAUCAUUAUUAGAGUCACCUUUACCUUCAUACGCCAUCAAAAUGAAUAUGUUUCAAACACUAUUGAACUCUAUACCCAAAAAUCGUUCAGAUUACGUGGAGGAUUUGGACAUUCCUGACAUAACGCUGACUCCGUACGUGUGUCCUGAUCCUUAUGACUCCCUGUCCCCAAGGAGUGACAGUAUCCUCACGGACAGCAUCAGAGCAUUUGACAGACGUACAUUAAGCACAGCUUCCAGUAUUCCGCUGUCGAGAGCUAUGACGGACUCUGAAAUUGAUUACGGAUUUUAUAAAAGGUACAGGGACUACCGCUAUGCAGACACCUGGGAGCACCUGCGUCGUGCAAUGGAUGCCUUUCCGCCAUAUUACCUGUCUUCUUUAAACAGUUUCAUCUCACUGGACUCUGAUGAGGAUUUACUCCUGAACAAUGAAUUGGCGUACGCCACAGAGCUGGCGGAGAACCGGCGGCUGUACAACGAGGCUUGGUGGCGUCGCAUGAAGACACAGUUUGACGACUGCUACCCGUUCGCACCCGACGACCCCGGCCUGUACGAGCUGCAGGAGGCUAUACAUCGCCUAGAUAUGAAGGUCUUGGACUUAAAAGCCCUGGAAGCGGACCUGGCCAGGAUUAAGCGUCGUCCAUGAAGACGGAAAUGACACCCGAUGUUAUCGAACCUGUAGUUCAUCAAAUUGUUAACUAAUUUUAUUGACAAUGCACAUUUUAUUCUAAUUUGCACCAGACUAAUUUGUUUUAAAUGAAUAUUUUUAUAUAUUUACCCGUAACUAGGUUGUAGAAUGUUGACAUGUAGGUAAUUAGAUAAGUAUAGGUGUACCAGUAAUAUUUAAAGUUAGCAAAUACCUAGUUACGUAAUUAGGGUUUUAAAAUCACAAUUAAUCAAUAAACAUACGGGUGUGGGUAAAGAUGAACCACGCAUCAAACAUAGUAGUAUUUCCAUUACAGGGGGCGACUCCAUUGAGUACAAAUUGAAACCUGGGUGGUUACUCUUGAAACCAAUCUCAAUGUCAAUGCAAUUUCAAUCCAAUAAAAACUCAAUAAUUAUUCAAUGUCCACACUAUACAACCACAAUCAUAGCUGUUAAAACAGCAUUCAGGGUACGGAAUAUACAGCUAAACUCAAUUCCAUUUAGUUCAUUAAAUAUCCACGCAACGUGCGCUGGUGUUGCAAGUCAAGAGUACGAAAUUUCACAAUAUCAAUGUCGAUCGAUCGGAAUUGGAUUCAAGAGUAAGCCCCCUAAUAUUCUGUAUCUAAUGGAUUUUUUAGAUUUCUCAAUUUGGAGUGAACUAGACAACACUACUGCUUUCUUGGUAAUCGCAUUAAACACAAUUUCAGUAUUUUACUAACGAUAAUAAUAUUUGUAGAAUUAAAAUUGUGUAGGCAGUCCUUAACACUAAAAGGUUUAUUUAUGUACUAACGAUUUCAGAGUAAAUAAAACGAGUAUAUUUGU